AUGACCCUGCCUGCUCGUCUCGCCUCGACGUUGCGAUACUACCUGCCACUAGGCUUCACGUCGUUCGGCGGACCCGGCGUCCAUGUCAUCAUCCUUCGUGAGAAAUUCGUCCAUCGACUAAAGUGGGUCGAUGAGAGGACCUUCCUCGACCUCUUCGCUCUGGGUAAUGCCUUGCCGGGACCCGGAUCCACCCAGUUGGCGUUCAGCAUCGCCGUUGUCAAACACGGGGUCCUUCCCGGCCUGGUAGCCUUUCUAUGCUGGUCCCUUCCUGGCGCGCUCGGCAUGGCGGGCCUGGCUGCGGGUAUCAGCAACAUCCCAGCUGUCCUGCCUCCCAUCGUACUCGCCCUUCUCUCCGGUCUCAACGCCGCGGCAGUCGGUCUGAUCGCUCUAGCGGCGUACCAGCUCGGCACCGCGGCAGCCACGGACAAGGUCACGCUGGCCCUGGUCUGGCUCUCGGCGAGCUUUGGCAUCUGCUAUCACGCACCAUGGAUGUACCCAUCGCUCAUCGCGGCAGGCGGAGCAGUGACGCUUGUGUGGGACUUUCGCCGGCAGUGGAUAUACAGGCCGGCGAAGAGGGCAUUCGGGAGGGAAAGGGCGCGAGACGAGCCAGCCGAAGCGGAAGGGAUGGAGCUGCCGACACUGCCUCCUAGACUCGCCACGCCGGUGACUGCUCGACCGAGUCCGGCUCCCCUACCUGAUACCUCACACUUUCCAUCCCCACCGCCCUCACCCAUCGUCCAGCCCGCAGCCAUCGAGGAGGAUUCACUCAAGUCCGAUCUCACCUCCGGUCGACCUGCUUCCACUACCACUCAUCGUCGAUCCACAACCCACACCGAUCCCGAGGUCCCUGCGGUGGUAGAAGCGCAGCGUCAUGAAGACCUGCUACAGGUUGUCUCACCUCGGUCCGCUUUCGCCCUGAUCGGCGGCUUUGUCCUGCUACUGGUGAUCCCGCUCGCAGUACGAGGCGGUCUGGCCAAUUCAGGCAAGACAGUACCUCGGGAGCUGGACUUCUUUGCCAACAUGUUACUAGCGGGUACGAUCAUCUUUGGCGGUGGACCCGUGGUCAUUCCGCUUUUGCGAGACUACGCUGUUGUUCCAGGAUGGGUCAGCUCUCGUGACUUCUUGCUCAUCUUUGCGAUUUUGCAAGCCUUCCCCGGUCCCAACUUCAACUUUGCCGUCGCCCUAGGCUUCCUCGCUCUCCCCUUUUCCACCUCCUCCCGCAUCCUUGGCGCAUUCCUCGGAUACAUCGGCAUCUUCUCACCCGGUAUACUCCUCAAACUCGGUCUGCUCCCACUCUACUCUUCCUGGCGCGACAAGGCCAUCGCUCGGUCGGUCAUCCGAGGCCUGAACGCCUCGGCCGCGGGUUUGGUCUUUACGGCGGUAUGGCAGCUGUUCCUCGUGGGAUACAUCUACUCUUCGGCGGAUGGACAAGGGGGCGGCGGGACGCAGACUGUCAGUGGACCGUUGACAGCGGAUCCGUUCUGGGCGGUGGUGGCUGCGGGGGCGUUUUUGAGUAACAGGAACUGGGGCUGUCCGGCUUGGGGAAGUAUUGUUGGAGGCGGACUGGCGGGACUGGCUUGGUACGGUGUGCAGACCAGCUGA